CAGGCCUUGACACACGUCGCCUUGUUUGUUAUUUUGAUUGCAUUUCGGCAAUCUUAUUGCAAUUUCGCCUUCGUUUCGUGCCGAACAAAGUGCAUGUGGUGGCUGCAAUAUCGCAGCUGUGCAAGGUUCUUGCCCUUUCGCUGGUCGUUGGUGCGCAACCUGUUGAUCGCGGCCAGCGUCACGAGCGUCGUCACAAUCCGCCCGGCAUUUGCCUCGAGCAGUUCAGCCUCCUCCAAAAUGAGCGAAUCAGGGGAAUCCUACGUAGCGGGCAGCAGUUCGGUGGCCUUCGUCACUACGCCGGAUCGCGAAUCGGCCAGGAAGCUGGCCCGCAGCCUCGUGGAACAGAAACUGGCCGCCUGCGUGAACAUCGUGCCCCACAUCGAGUCCAUCUACAUGUGGGAGGGCAAGGUCACCGAGGACAGCGAGUUCCUGAUGAUGGUCAAGACGCGCACCAGCCGCAUCGACGAGCUGAGCAAGUUCGUCCGCGAGAAUCAUCCCUACAGCGUCGCCGAGGUCAUCGCCCUGCCCAUCCAGAAUGGCAACCCGCCCUAUCUGGACUGGAUCGCCCAGACGGUGGCGGAGAAGGCGGACAAAUCAGAGUAA